AUGACUGUGGUUUCUCGCAUGUCCGCGCGGGUCUUUAUGGGCAAAGGAAUCUGCGACGGCUUCGUCAAGAAAGGAACGCGAGUCGGUACGCCUUGGCCAACCGCGAUGCUGAUCGAGGAUUACUACGACCACCCGGAGCGUUACGACCCCUACCGCUACAUCAAGAUGCGGGAAGAGAGCCCCAGCCAUGAAAACCGGACGCACCUGGUCAACGUCAGCGACGAGCAUUUUGGCUUUGGCCACGGCUACCACGCAUUCCCGGGCAGAUUCUUUGCCGCCAACGAAAUCAAGAUCGCCUUGGCGCACAUGCUGCUCAAGCGGAGGAGGGAGGAGCUGGAUCUGUCGGCGCUGACCUGUUAA